UCUUUUACUUCUAUCACCUCAUGGUUUUUCGGCCAUCAGUGACGGUUCAGCUUGUGUCCUCCAGGCGAUCGCAAUCAGUGGAAAUAGUUAUUAUAUUUUAAACUGAUUUACCAAAACAAAAUGGCUGGUGGAAAGAAAAGUGAAGCAGGAUCUCCCGGUGUGAUGGGUUGGGUUAGCGCCGCUUACCGAUUUGCGACAGAUAGAAAUGAUUUCAGAAGGAAUCUUGUCAUGAAUCUGGGUUUGUUUGCAGCAGGAGUUUGGGUAGCAAGAAAUUUAUCAGACUUUGACCUGAUGGCUCCUCAACCAGUCACAUAAGGAGUUUACCCAGGGGAAGACGGCAACCAACUUCUUUUGAACAGGAACAGAGCUUUCGGGCAAAGAGGACUUGUAGGACCAAUGGACACUAAAAGAAAUAACCAUCUACUGAAGCCCUGUUAAAGCCCUACUCAAUUCUUUUUUUUUUUGAACGAUCAGUGACAAGUUGUUAUUACAAAUGUUAAACUUUAAUAUGAGAUUGUUUAAAUUAAAAUGUUCAGGAUGUAAUGCUGUCAUUACUGCUGCUUGUCAAACACCUGUAAGAAGAGAAUACAUCAAUGUCAUUCAUAUCAGUUAAUAUGUAACCAUCCAUUUUACCAUUUCAAGAAGUUCAAACAUUCUUCAUAUUAAAGGUAAAUGAUUCUCUUA